AUGCCGUCAUUCACGACCGACUAUCCUUCCCAGACGGCGACAGCUACAGCUACACACCCUCAUUCAUUCGGCCCGCCCCAAGACAGAACGCACGAGAAAAGUCCAGUAGGGAACACUUUUGUAUGGACAAAUUGGCCCAAUGGCGACUCUAAUCACCUCGAGACUCCAUCGGACCGCAAUCUCGCUAAUGGUAGUACUUACUCUCUAACUGGACCCCGAUCAAGUGCCAGCUCCUACAAUCGAGAAUUCCUGCAGUCCAAAGACGGGAGUCUGCAUUCGUUAGGAAAUACAUCCGCUCGGGAACAGAGGGAGGGGAGGCCAUCAUCCAUUACAACGGACAGAGAGCUUCCCCGGAAGUCAUUUGAUACGGGGGUCGGCUCGGCAACAACGUCUAUUGCUAGUCAUCAGGUUAACGGGAAGCACAUGGUUAAUGGGGAUUAUUCGCGACCGUCCGUUGAUGAGCUGGUCUGCUCAGACACGACGGGAAAUACUGCGACAGCGCGGCUGUCGACAUCGCCCCCGGACAACAGUGGCCGCCUUUCUCCAGACCAUGGCAGCCUGUCCCCAACUCAAAAAGGCACUUAUCGGCACUCGUCUCCCCCGAUCGCCGCAGGAGUCAAGCGUAGCAACACGCAAGACUCGGCUAAUUCUAGCAUUCGACAGCGGCAUACGUUACAAGUUCCGAGAACUACCAGUGGCCGUCGAAGUAGUCGUGAUCAGCCGGACGACGUUGCGUACAGCAGCGGCCGCCUAUCUCCGACAGCGGGAGCCCGCCGUUCGUCUCUUGGGUUGGCUCGCCGGACCACCAGGACGAAUCAGUCCGAAAUCUUGUUUGAUGAAGCGAAUCCGGAUGAAGAUGCAGCCCGUUGGGCGGAAGCUAUCAAACAAAGGAGAGCGUCGAGAAGGAGACGGCGAGACGAGGAAGAUGAUGAAAGAGUUGUUGUUGGAACAAAAGUUGAUCGAAACCACGUCAACUGGGUUACCUCCUACAACAUGCUCACUGGGAUCCGGUUCACCGUGUCUAGGAUAAAUGCAAAAAUGGAUAGGGAACUGACUCCUGCUGAUUUCAAGGCCAAACAUAAGUUCUCCUUCGAUAUAACUGGGAAUGAACUGACACCAUCCGCCCAGUAUGACUUCAAGUUUAAGGACUAUGCGCCCUGGGUUUUCCGUCAUCUACGGGCAAAAUUCCGAUUGGAUCCAGCCGACUACUUGAUGUCACUCACUAGCAAGUACAUUCUCUCGGAGCUGGGCUCUCCAGGAAAAAGUGGCAGCUUCUUCUACUUCUCAAGGGACUAUAAAUAUAUCAUCAAGACGAUCCAUCACGCUGAACACAAACUGCUGCGAAAGAUCCUCCCCGAAUACUACAAACACGUGGAGCAAAAUCCGAACACUUUAAUCUCUCAAUUUUACGGCCUCCACCGAGUUAAGAUGGCCUACGGCCGCAAGAUCCACUUCGUUGUGAUGAACAAUCUUUUCCCACCACAUCGCGAUAUUCAUUCCACAUUCGACCUUAAGGGGUCCAUGAUUGGCCGCGAGGUGAGCGAGGAAUAUAUCAAGGACCACCCAAGGUCCACAAUGAAGGACCUGAACUGGCUUCGAAGGAAUCGUCAAUUAGAAUGCGGCCCGGAAAAACGUGAAUUCUUUCUCGAGCAGCUUAAGCGCGAUGUGGAACUUUUGAAGCGGCUAAAAAUCAUGGAUUAUUCGCUUCUUGUGGGUAUACAUGAUCUGGAAAAAGGAAACGAGGAAAAACUGCGUGAUAAGACUCUUCAGGUUUUCCAACCUGGAGCCGAUCGCGAAGAGGAUAUCCACCCUAAUAUGCUGAUGCGCACUCCAUCCAAGCUAGAGAACGAACGCAAGGCGCGCGAGCUUCGAAUGCUAAUCCAGAAGGAGCGUCCCGUGCCGCUCGACAAGGCGACUGCAAAGAUGCCAGACGAGAUCCUCGACGAGCGCAAAUUUCAUGUUUUUUACUCCGACGAUGGUGGAUUUCGGGCCACGCGUGAAAACGGCCAGCCUGGUCAAGAGAUUUACUAUCUUGGGAUUAUUGAUUGUUUGACACAUUACGGCACCGUCAAAAGGAUAGAGCAUUUCGUUAAAGGCCUAACGCAUGAUCGGACACAAAUCUCGCCCAUUCCCCCGGAAGGCUACGGUGAUCGCUUCGUCAACUUUAUUAGAAGAAUAACGAUGUCCAAGGAAGAAGCAGAACGUACCCGGGAUCAAGAAGUGCCAGAAAAGCAUAACAGUCAACCAAUAUCGUCAACGGAGAAUAACACAUCAGAUCAUAUCUCGCAAGGCCCCACAUCCGGCCACCAACCAGCAGUCGCUGCUCUCGGGCCAAGUACAUUGCCUAUUGUUGACGAAGCUGGCGAGGCUAGCAGUGUUGGUGGACACAGUCAAUGUAGUCCGCAGUCUCUAUCGCUUCACCAAAACCAAGUUCUACCAUCACCGCCGAAUCGUCUUAACCCGGGGCCGUCAGAAAAGCGAAACGGCACCCUUCAAAAUGGACAAAAUCCCUCAAUUUCAGUCUGA